AUGCCUAUUUUCGAUGGAGAGAAUUAUGAAUAUUGGAGCCUACAAAUGAAGACCUUGUUCGUCUCUCAAGAUCUUUGGGAUCUUGUAGAAGAUGGUUACGAGGAACUGGAAAAAACUUCGACGGGAAAAGCGACACCGGAAUCACAGCAAGCACUUAAAGAAAAUAAGAAAAGAGAUGCCAAGGCUUUAUUCCUAAUUCAACAGGGAAUAAGCAAAAAUCUCUUUCCAAGAUUACUUUCUGCUACGACAUCAAAAAAUGCUUGGGAAAUACUCAAAAUUGAGUUCCAAGGCUCACAGAAAGUGAUCUCCAUCAAACUCCAAUCCUUGUGGCGAGAGUUUGAUAAUUUAUUAAUGAAGGAGAAUGAGUCCAUUCAGGUUUUCUUCACAAAAGUUUCUGGAAUUGUUAACCAAAUUAGAAGUUAA